AUAGUAGAAGAAUUAGCAGAAUUUGAGGUGGCAGUUCACACAUGUUCACGCAACCAAGAAGAGCUUGAUCAAUGUCUACAAGAGUGGAAAAACAAAGGUUUCAAAGUAACUGGGUCUGUAUGCGACAUGAUUCACCGAAACCAAAGGGAGAAACUCAUGCAAACUGUCUCCUCCAUCUUUCAUGGAAAGCUCAACAUUCUUGUGAAUAACGCUGGGAUAUGUAUAACCAAAGAUGCUGUAGAUCAUACUGAUGAAGAUAUCUUCAGUACAAUGAGUAUAAAUUUUGAGUCAGUUUUUCAUGUGUGUCAACUUUCAUAUCCUCUCCUUAAGGCAUCUGGAUAUGGAAGCAUCGUUAAUAUUUCCUCCAAUUCAAGUGCAAUGGCUAUCCCUCUUCUUUCUGUUUAUGAAGCCUCUAAAGGUGCAGUAAAUCAAAUCACAAAGCACUUGGCAUGUGAAUGGGCUAAGGACAACAUUCGCGUUAAUGCAAUUUCACCUGGGCUAAUCAGAACUACUCUUUAUGACAUCGGACAGGAAUAUCCUAAAAUUGCAGGAUUUUUGAACAGAUAUGUCACUCAAACUCCCAUCUCUCGGCCAGGAGAGCCACACGAGAUUUCAUCAAUGGUUGCAUUCCUUUGCUUUCCUACUGCUUCAUUUAUCACCGGUCAAGUUAUCGUUAUCGACGGAGGAUUCACUGUCAAUGGCUUCUGCCGCCCAAACAUUUAGCUACCAUCUUUACUUUCUAGUCAAGGUCUACGAACAUAAUUAAAUAAGGUUUCAUGUUGGAGAAAAACCAAGAUUGUUUUG